AUGACAUUCGACACCUCCAUCAUUCCUUCUCCUACGUCCCUGACCUCCGACCCUACCUCCAUACCACCCUUCGCCGGGCAUUCCGGCUGGCGACAAGGCCGUUUUCGAACUACUACCGAUGUCCCAGCCGGUUCAAUUGUCAUAAAUAUCAAUGAUGGUGGAUCGACGGGUCGUGGCAUUCUUAUCGGAGUGUUGUCAGCGUUCGGUUCGGCCGGCAUCGCAGUCCUCGUCCUUGCCAUUUUCUUCUUCUUCAAAUAUACAUCUCGAGGCCGUAUUCUUCUGGACCGGAUAGGCCGACCCGGCGAGUUUGACGAUGAGCAGGCUUUCGCCCAGGAAGAGGCGGAGGCCCUGGAGACUAUGGAUGAGUUGCAACGGGCGGAAUACAUGAGGGCAAAAGCAUUCAUCCAAGCAAACCCUCCCGAAUCCGUCCAGACCGAUAUAUCGCUUUCGCAGUUCCUAGCCAUCCAGGAAAAAGGUGUCUCGGCUUGGGAGUUUGAACCUGAGCUAGAAAUUGCCAACUGUUUUGUCGAGGCCAGGACGGAAAUCGAAUUCUUUGAUUCAGAGUGUAGCGUCCAGAGCAAUCUACCAGUCCCGAAACAGAAUGAAGUUUACUACUGGGAGGCCAAGAUAUACGACAAGCCCGAAACCAGUCUCAUCAGCAUUGGGAUGACCACCAAACCAUAUCCUUUAUUCCGACUUCCUGGUUUCCACAAAACCUCAGUCGCAUAUGUUUCGACGGGCCAUCGAAGGUACAAUCAACCGUUCACCGCGACUCUUUACGCUCCGCCAUAUGUGCAAGGAGAUGUCAUUGGGGUUGGAUACCGACCUCGGACCGGAAGUAUAUUCUUUACACGCAACGGCAAAAAGUUGGACGAAGUGGUGCACAACCUCAAAAAUCAAAACUUCUUUCCGACCGUAGGUGCCAACGGCCCCUGUACCGUGCAUGUCAACUUUGGGCAGCUGGGCUUUGUUUUUAUCGAGGCCAAUGUGAAAAAAUGGGGAUUGGCACCAAUGACUGGCAGUCUUGCUCCACCUCCACCAUACGGCAGCGAGCAAGGUAGCAUUCUGCUUGAAACAGGCAGGGAAGGGGCUCGACAGCCAGAGUACCAACCUGGUCACUCAAGGACACGCAGUGGGCUUGCGAGAAUUGGAUUAAGUCCAGGACCUAUUCGUUCCCCGACCGACAUAUCACUGUCUCAACUUGCGCAUAUCUCAACGCAGGAUCUUCCCAGCCAGGGGAAUACAUUGCUAGAUUUUGGUGAUCUUCAAGACCAACCCGUCGAGAAUACACCCAACGGACAGGUCAUCAUUCCACCACCAGAGUAUAGUAGUCCAGCUCGGAGUCGCACAAGCAGUGGUGCAGGAGACGAAGACGACAGAAGAGAUCCGCCGGAUCCUCGAACGGGUCAGCCACCAAUUCCGACCUAUGAUGCGGCUGUGGGCGAAGCGGCCGGACCGAGCCACACAUGA